AUGUCCCUCCCCACACAAGUCGCCGAGACGGUGCAAACAGCACACAUCAACCGCAAUCCCUCUCCCGAACACGACAUCAACCCCUCCACAGCCGCCUCCCGAAAAGAACCCGUCCAGCUACGGAAGUCGAAGGCCAAAGCCGGUCCCAAUUCUCCCGAUGAUGAUGGCGGCAGCAUCGACGACGAGGAAUUUGUAGCAGGAGAUGACGGAGAUGUGGAAGAUGAACUGGAAACGGAAGAAGAGGAUCUCUACCGCGCACAAUCUGUCAAGCCGCGCCCGCGGCGACAUAAACUGCCGCCCAUGCCCGACCUGCGCUUUGAGCAGAGCUAUCUAUGGAGUAUACGGAAUGCCGACACGUGGUGGAAGGUAGGGUGGAUUACGGUGCGGGACCAGGUUAUGAUGCCCUUUACGCAAGGGAUUGUGUACAAUCUAGGGAUUUGUGGGUGGCAUUACUGGAACCGCAACGCCCAGAUCCACGGUUCAUCGAUUGGAGCGCGGUUGCGGCGCUGGUGGUAUGGUGUAAACAACUGGGCAAUACCGCCCGAGAGGAAGAUAAAGCGAUGGAGGUAG